UGUGGACAGCGCGCGGAGAGCCAGCAGAAGGGCAGGCUGAGCGCGGGCGGGGACCCCAGAUCGCCAGAGCCCAGCGCGUACAGACCUCGGUGUCCUAACCACGGCCGCCCGAGAUGAGCGACAGCAGCCGCCUGUGCUCGGGCUACUACAGCCUCAACCACAGCUUCGUGGAGCCCUUCCAGUGCCCGCGGCGGGAAGAUGGGGCCGCGCUGCUCUACUGCUGCGGCUUCGCAGACCUCAAGUACUGCUGCAGCGAGCCGGGCAGCUACUUCCCCUACAAGCACAGCUACAUGUGGAGCCUCAGCAUUGGUGCUCUGAUUGGACUAGGAAUCGCUGCCCUUGUUUUACUCGCCUUUGUCAUCAGCAUCUGUGUCCUUUGCUAUUUAUUUCUGUACACAAAACCUCAACAAUUAGACAACGGCCUUAAACUUCAGCAUCUAGAGGCUUCUUCUACUCUAGAAGGCAACCUUAAUAGAAAAAGCAAAGGCCUCAUCUCAAAUGCAGCAUCAAAUUCAACAAAUGAAACAUUUUAUGAAGCUGAUGACAUAAUUCAAGAAAAAGCAAUGGCUACAACACAAAUCAAUAUUGCUUAUUAGCUGAAAAUCCUGUUUCGAAAGCUUACUGGGGAGAUGGAGCAAUAAGAAUAAAUAAUGCAUUUCAAACCAGUCCCUAACAUCGCUUCUCCAGUAUCAGUCACUCUCAAAGCAAGACCAGCUGUAUUUUUAAUUAUUCAUAUAUAAUCAUAAAUUCUGAUAGAUUAUCAUGUGCAUAAAUUUACUUUUAUUUAUUAAGUUUCUGUAUGACAUGAACUGCUAAUUCUUCAAAAGAAAUUAAAGAAUUUACCAGUAACAGACAAUCUGUCUCUGUGAGGAACAGAGAAUUUGUUAUAUUACCAUAUUUUAUUAUUAUUUAAUACAGGCAAUUACUUUUAUAUGGGAUAGCACUGGGUGAGUGAAUCUUGGGGGUAUUGUCUUAUAAACUAAAUGCUCUGAAGUCUCUUUAGCAAUCAGUGUUUUUGAAGGAUUUUCUGGUGAUGCAAUAAAAUAUUACCUUUAUAAAAGUUAAUAUUCAAUAACAAAAAAAAUCACACUGCUUAAUCUGGAUAAGUAUUUUCUGCACUUCAAGGGGUAUCUAUAAUAAAAUGCUUUGCUGGUAAAUUUCCUGAAGAAUCUCUAUAGUGAAAGUCAUAAAAGGAGUAUGAUUGAACCCCAGGACUAGGCCCAGCUGGCAUCUUUGACAUACUGUCUGCUGAGUAGCUCACCUCUGGGUUACUUCAGGAGAAGUCGCAGGGCUCCCCCAGUGUACCAACUGGUGUGUCUAACUUUAAAGCAGUGGUGUUCAUAAGUUGAUGAAAAUAUCAAAAAAAGUCUUUUAAAAUUAUGCCCCAGUUUGUACAUUGAAAAAUAUUUUUUAAAUGAUUUAAAUUUGUUAUUAGACUUAACAAAUAUUAAUGUAGUAGUUUCAUCUAUACUAACACAUCAACAUCAUUUAUAGGUAUCUAGAAAAUAAAAACUAGUUUCUGCAAACUGUAAAUGUCUAGAAAGAUUUCUAUCCAUAAACAUAGUACCUAUUAAGUACACAGUCCUAGUUUUAUAAUGGGAUUCAAUAGAAAAAAAAGGAAUAAUUUUUGGCCUGUUCCACUACAUACAUCUACUGCUUUGGGUAAAGUUUUUGUAGCUUGAAGACUAGUCUUCCCGAAUGUGCUGGGUAUGGCAUCUCUGGUCUUUAUCAAAAAGGAAUGCCUUAUUCUUCUUAGGCAUACAAAGCUCAGGGGUAGAAACUUCAUCAUAUCUACCAAGAUUCCUGGGUGUCUUUGUCUAGACUUUGUCUUUCAGGUUAUAAAAAUGAUUUUCCUGUAUCUGCAUUGAAUUGUACCAUUGCUACCAAUCCUACAUGCCUACCAGGUGCUUGAAACAUGGCCAAUGUAAGUGAAGAGAUACAUGUUUAUUUCCUGAAUUUAACUAAUUUACGUGAUCACAUGUGGCUAUAUUGACAGCAGAGUCCCAGGUCAUUAUUAUAAGAAAUACCCUACUACUUAAGUGGAUUUCCUGUUCAAAAAGAUAGUUUUGUCAAGGUUUAAGUAUUAAAAUGCUUAGAGUGUACAUGAAGUCUGAAAGCAAAUACAUUUUCAUUAUACAAAUGACAAUUUUUAAGUCAUAAAAGCAAAGAAAUUUCAUUUAUUUUGUGAAGGCUCAGACUUUUCAUGGAUACCUUUGAUCUUUCACAUAGCUUUGAUUAAAAAAAAAAAACAGAAAAUUUGCUGUACUGACAUAUAGGAAUAGUUACAUUACUACAUCUCAGUAAGAAAUCCAGGGUGAGAAAGUUUACUUACGGCACUGGUACAGCUCUGCUUUUGUUGCUAAAGGGCAAGGGAAGGGGGCAUAAAAGACAUUAGAAGGGGGAAAGUCAGACUUGGGGCCAGCAGACUCUUCCCCAUCUGUGGGAAAGGCAAAGUGGGGCUGCCCAUGGCUGGGUAUACCAUAAACUGAGCCCUAAGAGAGGGACCCUGGAUCUCUGUUGUACUGUGCAUUUGCAGAGGAGCUGAGGGACGUAAGUUAGGACAGAAGACCCUGGCCUUCGUAACUACGGUUACUGUUACCUUGGUUUUAGGCACUAACUGCUCAGUAAGUUUGAACCCCAGCACCAGGAUUAGCAGGCACCCUUGACUCGCUGCCUGCUGAGAUAGCUGAGCUCUAGGUUGUCUGAGUUACCAGCUGGUGUCGCUCUCUGAAACUUUGAAGCAGUGCUGCUUCAUAAAUUGAUACAAAAUAUUAAAAGCAAAAACAUUAUUAAAUUGUGGCAGAGUCUAUACACUGAAAAAUGUAUUUUAAGUGAUUUAUUUGGGCUUCACAAAUACUAACAUAGUGAGAGUUUCAAGCUUGUCAAAGAAAAAGCAUAAUUAACAACAAAAUACACUUCAAAAAGUGUAUAUGUAUUAUAAUUCUAAAAAUGUAUCAGAUGAAGCCGGGCACGCUUUUAGUCCCAGCACCCGGGAGGCAGAGGCAGGUGGAUCUCUGAGUUCAAGGCCAGCCUGA